GCGGGGGGGGGAGGACGACGAGGGCAGGGCAGGGGCUCGGGGAGGCGCUCAGGAGCCGCCGCAGGUCGCUCGCCCCGCAGCGUCCUGGGGUUGCGCGGAAGCGGCGGCGCUGGCAGCGGAGCCCCGGGAUCCCGGUACCUCCUGCAGGCAGUUAAAGGAAGGACAAAAAAAAAAAAAGCACCAUGUCUUCGGUCUCCGCUUAUUACAAUGGAAAGACCGUACUUAUCACAGGAGCUACAGGUUUCAUGGGCAAAGUGCUGGUGGAAAAGCUUCUGCGCUCCAGCCCUGAAGUGAAAGCAGUUUAUAUUCUUGUAAGGCCAAAGGCUGGACAAUCAAUGCAAGAGAGAGUGGCCAACAUGUUGAAAUGCAAGGUCUUUGACAGGGUUCGAGAAGAUUGCCCUAAUUUCCACGAGAAGAUUAAGCCUAUUAAUGCUGAACUCACUCAGCCCAAGCUGGCCAUCAGUGCUGAAGAUGAGGAGGAGCUUCUGACUCGAGUAAAUAUCGUCUUCCACUGUGCAGCAACAGUACGCUUUGAUGAACCCUUGAAACAUGCCCUGCAACUGAAUGCAAUGGGCACUCAGAGACUUCUAGAGCUGGCCCGGCAGAUGCAGAAGCUGGAGGCUUUCAUCCACAUCUCCACUGCCUAUGCAAACUGUGUCCGGAAAUGCAUAGAUGAAAUCAUCUACCCACCCCCAGCUGAACCCAAGAAGCUCUUCGAUUUAGUGGAGUGGUUGGAUGAAUCUAUCAUUCAAGACAUCACACCCAAGCUGCUUGGGGACUGGCCCAACACUUACACCUACACCAAAGCCUUGUCAGAAUACCUGAUUCAGCAAGAGAAAGGAAAUCUGAACAUUGCUAUCAUCAGGCCAUCCAUUGUGGGAGCUAGCUGGCAUGAGCCUUUCCCAGGUUGGAUUGACAGCUUCAAUGGGACAAGUGGAAUAUUUGUUGCGGCAGGUAAAGGGAUUCUGCGGACUGUCAUUGCCAACAAUGAAGCAGUAGCCGAUAUGAUUCCAGUAGAUGUUGUCAUCAACCUCACCCUUGCAGCUGGGUGGUACACUGCUGUGCACAGGCCAAAAAAUAUGUUGGUGUACAACUGUACAACGGGUGGAAUCAACCCUUUCUUUUGGGGAGAAAUGGAACAGUAUGUCAUGUCCACAUUCAAAAGAAACCCACUGGAGCAGGCCUUCCGAACACCUAAUGCUCACUUGACAUCGAGCUACUUGAUAAACCAGUACUGGAUAACUGUCAGUCACAAGGCUCCAGCCAUACUCUAUGACUUGUACAUGAGGCUGACAGGAAGAAAGCCCAGAAUGAUGAAGAUUAUCAAUCGACUGCACAAAUCUAUGAUGCUCCUGCAGUAUUUCUCCACCCAGUCCUGGGAUUGGUCUUCAGAUAAUAUGAAUAUGUUAAUGGGUCAGCUUAACACAGAGGACAGAAAGUUAUACAACUUUGAUGUUCGUCAGCUGCACUGGUCAGAAUACAUUGAAAGCUACUGCCUAGGUGCUAAGAAGUAUUUGCUAAAUGAGGACAUGUCUGGCAUCCCAGCAGCAAAGCAGCACUUACGAAAACUGAGGAAUAUCCGAUAUGCAUUCAACACCACCCUCCUUGUGAUCAUCUGGCGCAUUUUCAUUGCAAGGUCACAGAUGGCUCGAAACAUCUGGUACUUUGUGGUGAGCCUCUGCUACAAGUUCCUUUCCUACUUCAGGGCAUCCAGCACCCUCAGGCACUGAAGCCAUCCAUCAGCAACCAGCCUCUUCCAGAAGGACCUCCAUCCCUUCUAAUCAGCAACUAUGGGCAUUGGGGUCUGAAAGUAGCAGAAAAAUCCACUCCCUCUAAUUGCAGCCUGCAUUUAUUGUGCACAGUUAUGUGUUCACCUUUUUAAUUUUAACUAAUGCUUUAAUACCUGGUGGUCUUUCUUCCAUAGGAGCUGACCAAUUUUUAAAGCCAUAAAGCUUUAGGAACAGAUCAAGCUGGAACCUUUCAUCCAGAGUCCAAUGUGCAAGAGUAAGAAUUAACCAAAGUCACAGUCUUCCCAUGUACUAUCUUGGCUAUCUUAAUUCAAUCAUCCUUCUUAAAGGAAGCAAAUUUAAAGCAUAGAACCUUGGAAGAAAGGGAUGCCAUCAGAGAAGAACCAGUCAAGGAAAUUAACCUGUGAGAGGUCUUCAUAAAGAGGCUAAAGGAAAUUAACCUGUGAGAGAUCUUCAUAAAGAGGCUAUUUAUUUCUUCAUUCUCAUUCAGUGAAAUUGUAUUUUAUUGAAAAUCAUGAUUUUACAUUUUCAAUUUUUCAAAACAUGGCGGGGGGGGGAAUCAGUUACACUAGGCCAGUGAACACAAUGAACAGCUUUCAGAUCUUGACUUAUAUUGCUACUGAGGACUGAUACGUUCAAGCCGUAACUGAAGACACACAUAGAAUUCAUAUACCUGUGUUAACUGUUCUCACUCACAAACUGUUUUCUUAUGGAAAGGCAUUUUUUUCUCUCUUCGGUUAAGAUUGCAGUUCAUCUUCUACCAAACAGCCCUGUUCUUGCAUUUAUCACUUUUGCUUGGAACAUUUCUUUGUCUUGUAAAAUGCUCUAUUUAUUCAAAGGAUGAAGAGAAGACUUCCUAAAAGAUUGAAGAAAAAAAUCAUAAACUUGUUACUAUUUUUGAGAAAGUCCUUUUCCCCCUUCCAUUUGUCUGCUUGUACUUCAAAAACAGCCUGAUACUGUCCUUCAAGAUUUCAUUACAGCAAAAUCACUUUGCAGUUGAGCACUUGCACUGGCAAAAAAAAGUAUACAGGUAUGUAUUGAGGGAAUCCUAUCAGGCCAAUUCUGCUACCACUCGUCAUGAGGAAUUAGAGUCUAAAAACCUGUGUUUUUUUUUGUUUUGUUUUGUUUUUUUAAGUUAAGAGAGGUUUUAUUGACUUUUGAAUAAAAACAGUUAUGCGAUAUGAAGUUAACGUUUUGUCCUACUUUACGUUUUAGAAAGGAAUCCAGGGAUCUUCCUAACGCUCAAGGCUAUUGGAGAUAUUUGUUUUACCUAGUAAAAUAUGGAUUCCUCUGGAGGAGGAGGGAGAAAGAGAAAUAACUUUCUUCAGAGUAGCUGGUGCAUUGACACUUAGUGCAACAAAAUUUUUCAUGCUGUCAGAUUUUCAAAGUAAAAUGUAAUACUGGAAUAUAUUUUAUUCAGAUUACACUGAAUAAGCACUUUAAGAUUAUGAGAUUUUAAAACAGCUAGUUUUUGAAACAAUUGCAGCAUCCAGUUUGUCUAGUCUUGUGUCAUACUAGCUGUCUGAACAACUAAUGCUACAUCACAAAAAAAAAAAAAAAAAAAGACUGACUCUUGAGAACUGAGAAUACUGAGAAUAGUAUCUACAAAGCUGGCAUUCUUUAAAAGUUAUACUUGGUUUUGGCAGUGAAGGCAAGAGCAAAUUGUGAUGACAGUGUAUAUAUUUACUUCUGCAUCCAAGCUGAUUCAGAAGUCUUUCUAAAGGUUCAAGGAAUUAAUCUUCCCUUGUAUGCCCCAGAGGUCUAGUUUUAAGCAAUUACUAACUGAUGCCUGUAGCAGACCUUGACCAGAAGCACGGUGUCCAAAAUGGCAGGAUUCCUGCAUUCCCUAGCAAAGGCCCCUAUGUCACACAUUACUUCUGAUCUGUGUUCAAUUAAGUCAAGCACCCAUUUUAUAAAGAAGCAAUUUUUGUAAGCCCUUGACUUGAAAACAUAUUUUCAAAAUUAAACUGUACUGGUUGUUAGUUACGUGCUUUCCAAUGCCAGAAAGUGGGCAGUGCAUGCUGUGCAUUGCAGUAAUGCAAGGUGUCACUGCCUGGGAAACUAGGAGGUACAGGUUUCAGUGCUGGUGCUCAGAUAUUUCAUGUACACUGACUGUAGCAGUGUAUAUGGUGAAGGUCAGCUGCAUUAUCCUUGACUAACUGGGCUAUGCAGAGACUGUGGCUACCUUAGCAGCACAAGGCAGGUCGCCAUAGGGAUGCCUCUAGAAAGACUGCAUUCCCUCAAGUAAAUAAGCAGGUCAUCAGCCAGCUUCCAGACUUCUUAUGUGACAGGCUUAAAAACAAAACAAAGCUGCAGACUAUUUUGAAAAAGCUUCAUUUAAAAAAAAAUAAGGUAAGAAUUCUAGCUCAUAUCCAAGAAGUCUUUUAAGUGCCUGACUUAUGUACAAAGAGAAACAACAGCUAAGGGGAUCAUAUGUCUUAAGCUGUCUACAUGAUAAGACAAAACCCCUCAGUGUCACAGAAAAGUCAAAUACUGCAGACCUGCUACACCUACCCACAACACCUGACUGAUGUAGACCGGACCUACUAUUGUUGGGCUAUGAGUGAAUUUUUCUGCCUUCCCUUCACCAAUGCUAGUCACUCCAUGCAUCCCUCAAAUAUGCUUGCAGGCAUUCACAGUUAUUUGCACAGGCUGUAUUGUCCCAGCAAGUCUGAAAUAAUGUAUCUUUGCUUAUUGUGAGCAUAUCCGGACCUGUUUUCUAUGUGUGCAGAAAGACACUUCAGGCUUCACUCAGACAGUGGGGGUAUCACUUUCUAAAGCAGUUCAGCAUUUUGCUGAAGGUAACAGCCACAGCAAAGCUACUACUCAUCCCUGAAAAACAGCAGGCGCUGCUUGGAAUGUUGCAGAAACACAGAUAUUGCAGAUGGUGUGUGCUGUUCUGGAGAUCUUUUGUAGCCCACACACCAUUGCCAGCAGCUGGCUCCAGAGCUCUGGCCUUGCCUAUUGGGGAGAUUAAGCUCUUAGCUUGUUUCAACACAGACAUAACAUGCGGUGAAGACUGAGUCUUUUUUCUUGUGGCUUGACAUAUUUUCAGGUGACUGUCUGAAGCAAAACAGACACAAAAAACAUAGGAAAAAAGACAAUGCAGAGACUGACACAUGGUAAUGGCAUUUGGCUGCCAGUUCUGACAGUAAUAAUGGAAAGUUGGACCUAACAUAAGAAAUCGUUCUCACCUCAGGCUGUAACUUACCUUUGACAUUUCUAAUUUCUGUUUCUCAAUGUAUUUGUAUGUGCUCUGAAGAAAUCCAAAUCUUGGGGAAGAUAUCUAAAAGAAAAUGCCAAGUAGCAGACUUUUUUUUUUCCAUCUCUCUCUCCCAUGUAUACUCACAACCUUUUUGCAAUAGAAAAGUAAAAUAAAUUUAUUGUUAGAUCAGAGAUACUGACAAAUUAACAAGAACAAUUCAGGAGUGGAUACUAUUCAUGGUUGAAGGCUAGAGAUAUUACUACCUGUAUGAAUGAAGCAGGACCCAGGCUUUCUUUUGUUUGUUUUUCUCCUCUAAAGAGGUAACUUGGUCAGUGCUAUGGUGAGAACUAGAAGGAGCAGCCUCUGCUAAGAGCAGAAAGAUUGUUAAGUGCAGAGCAUCCAAAUAAUGAGGAAAGGGAGACUCAAGAGAUCAGAGAAGCAUGAGUUGCCAAACCCACGGUUGCCUCCCAAGGGGCAGGGGAAGAGCUCCAUCAGCAUUUUGUCAUCAGUUUGGUUUCUUCUAUGAAUUAAAAGGCUCCCCUGCCCUUCGCCCCCAACAACCAACGUGCAGCAUAAAGAACAGUAUUGACAGUCAUUCUGAAGAACCAUAAAAGAAAAUAUCUGCCACAAGACAGUAUAAUGAGAUUAUCGUCUAUAGUUUUUGUACCCUAUGAACUUGCAUUGUAAUUACGUGCUCACAGUGUUGGAAGCCUGCAGUGCUGCUACAAAAAUAACAAAGACCACUGCUGAAUCCAGUGUAUUAAUGUUUUCUUAAUACCAUGCACACAUACUAGUCUGUAGACUAUAGCUAUGAACUGCUGUGUGAAAGCAAUGAAACACUGAAUAGCAUUUCAUUGUUAAAGAGCAAUGAGCAUAAGCUUGCAAUUAAGAAGUGUUGCUUUUUUUUAUUAAAUUGUUGUAACAAGAACAAAAAAAAAAAAAAUCCCUAAAAUUAAUCAGAGUUUAAACAGCUAUUUUACUGACAACCAAGCCUGUUUAUCUCCAGCAUGUCUGUUAUAAAAAAUAAAAUUUCUCACCCCCUCCCCUCCUGACACCUCAGUAACUUUGUUAAGAAAACACAAUUCUUUCUUCGUAGAAAGAAUUCUUGAGUAACAGACAUACCAGUAUUCUACUGGUUGUUGGCACAUUACACACCUCCUCAAGAGAUUUCUUAUUUUACAUUUUCCAAGAAAACAUAGUUGUCUGUGGGUGUAUUUACAUCUUCCUGCACCAGUCUUUUCAUUCAACAUACAGAGAGCGUAAAAUAGUGGAGCUCAUAUUGAAAUGCCAGGCUGUGCUUGUUUGGUAUGCACUGUUCUAAUUCAGUUUAAGAUGAAGCGAUAAAACCUAUCCUAGUUUCCAAUGUAAAGGAAACCAAACCUGUAGUACUAUUAAAUAAUCAAAUCAUUAUCAUGAAUAAGCAACUGGGAAAAGGGGGGGGGGGGGGGGGCAAUCUUUUGUUUGUAAAUAAGCUACAGCUUCAAGGUUGAAAGCAUGCUGUUGCUCUUCCAGCAUUGACAUUCUACUGCAGAAAGCAAGGGUGAAUUUUUGUUACAAUUGGACCCUUUAUUCUAGUUCAGAGUAAGUAAUAUACUGUACAUUCCCCAUAAGUUAAAAUGGUGAAUAUCCCAUUAUAUGGUGCUAACUAUUGGUAUGAAGGUGAUACAGACCUACUUGAGUCAACUUAAAAAGAAGUGUAUUUAGGGAAUAAUUAAGUGCUAUCUGGCUCUUCUCAACUGCUAAAAAGUCAACCGUGAAUUCAGUUAUGUUCAGAUUAACAUGAAACUGCUUAUAAAAGGUUUAUUGAUCUUAUAUAAUCUUGGCAGACUCCACUUUAUAGUAAAAUAUUCUCCCACUAUCCAAAGUUUAUAUGGUUCUAUCUGAUAUUUCUAUUCUCUUGUUAGCUAUGAGGCAACUUACUGUUAUAAAUCUUACUUAGAAAGUUUCUAAUGUAAAGGUGUAAUCUUUUGAGCUCUCAAAUCAGAUAAAAUGUUAAAUUCAAAAAUUGUGAGAACCUCAGCCAUAAAAUUGUUACUAUGAUGUUUAUGUUAUUUUAAACAUUUAAUAAAGCAAAAUAU